UAUUAUUAUUGUUCUGUCUGUCUCACAGUCUGUGGCGUUUCUGUCAUUUUUGCAGUACAAUGUUAUGCUAUCAAGUGCUUUCCCUUACCUUAUUUGUAUUUAUUGAAAAUUGAAAGCAUUAGUGUUUAAAGUUGGUUUAAGACUGUAAUCUAUAGAUAUUAUAAUAGGUUUUGUGUAAAAGUUUGGGCAAGUGAUAAUACAUUCUAAUCUAGGCCUGCCUCAGUGUAAGAUACACCUGUAAGCUAGACAUGGGUAAAAGGCAGCAUCAAAAGGAUAAACUCUACCUGACUUACAAUGAGUGGACAACAUUGUAUGGCGGUAAAAAGGCGGGUCCAGAGAAGUCAAACUUUCGGAGACUUCCAUUUGACCAUUGCUGUGUUAGUCUUCAGCCGUUUGAAAACCCUUACUGUGACCGAGAAGGAAACAUAUUUGAGUUGGAAGCUAUUUUGGGAUUUCUUAAGAAAUACAAGAUCAAUCCUGUUUCUGGAAAGCCGUUGGACUCCAAGUCUCUGAUAAAGCUGAACUUCUAUAAAAAUGCCCAGGACGAGUACCACUGCCCUGUGUUGUACAAGAAUCUUACCAAGCAGUCCCACAUCGUAGCUGUGGCAACAACGGGCAAUGUCUUCUCGUACGAGGCUAUAGAACAAUUGAAUAUAAAGACAAAAUCUUGGAAGGAUUUGCUCACCGAUGAACCGUACAAAAAAUCAGACUUAAUCACACUUCAAGAUCCUACAAAUCUGACAAAAUUCAACCUGACUACAUUUCAUCAUAUCAAGAACAAUCUAAGAGUAGAAACUGAAGAUGAACUGGAAGCUAAAGGGAACCCUGAAGCUCGGCUAAAAACUGUAUCGAAGGAGACAAGAGAUAUUCUAGAUGAGCUGAACAGAGAAUACAAAGCGCCUGAAGUGCAGGCUAGUGAGAAGAAAGUGGCUGAUAAAUUCAAUGCUGCCCAUUACUCUACUGGGAAGGUGGCAGCCAGCUUCACUUCCACGGCGAUGGUCCCGGAGACUCAGCACGAGGCAGCCAUCAUAGAGGAAGACCUUGUGCGCUACGAGAGAGUAAAGAAGAAAGGAUACGUGCGUUUGGUAACGAAUUUUGGCCCCCUUAACUUGGAACUGUACUGCGAUAUGGUGCCAAAAGCCAGUGAGAACUUCAUGAAACUUUGUGAGAGAGGGUACUACGACAACACCAAGUUCCACCGGUCCAUUCGGAAUUUCAUGAUACAAGGAGGAGACCCAACAGGCACAGGAGACGGUGGUGAGUCUAUCUGGGGAAAACCAUUUGAGGACCACUUCAAACCGAACCUAACCCAUACGGGUCGUGGUGUGUUAUCUAUGGCCAACUCUGGACCCAACACCAACAAAUCUCAGUUUUUUCUGACAUACCGGUCAUGCCGGCACCUGGAUGGUAAACACACGGUGUUCGGGCGAGUAGUGGGUGGCCUGGACACUCUCUCCGCCAUGGAGCAGGUGGAGGUGGAUAAUAAAGAUUGCCCGAUAGAGGACAUUGUCAUCGAGAAGGCACAGGUCUUCGUCGACCCUUACGUGGAGGCUGAUGAACAGUUAGCAGUUGAGCGAGCAGAAGAUUUGAAGCGCAAAGCAGCAGAAGCAGCGGAAUCUGUACCUAAAUUACGAGCUGUUCCCAACCAGCCAUUGAGAGCUUUCCACUCUGGGGUGGGGAAGUACAUUAACCCGCAGACCCUUAACAGCAAAGAAAAAUUGGUAACAUCAUCAGAGCCCGUAGCAAAGAAGAAAAAAGAUGUUGGAUACCAGUUCAGUAAUUUUAGCUCAUGGUGAAAUCUUUUGUUUAUGUAUAUAAAUAUUGAUUGUAAUUUUGUAAAUAUACCAUAUUAUUGUUA